UGGGAGAAAAGGUAUUCACUCUGAGCUAAGCGAUUUUCAGAAACUUCCUGUAGGUGAUCCUUAUGAACGGAACUCGUUGGAACUCUCGUAGGAAGGUUUGGUACAAUGCGGACGGGCACUUGCCACGGGAAGCGAGAACGCCGUCCCAUUCACGGUACAGUUAUCUCCUGGCGGCUCUUGUUUCUCCAGAGUGCAUCAUCAAAGUUAGCGCCAAUUGGAAUAUCUAUCAUGACGGCAGUCCCAUCGCUAGGGAUCCAGUGGAUACUUUUCUGGGAGUUAUGCUUUUGUAUAUAAGGCGUGCUUCUCGGGGGGUCACAUUUUCCGCUGGACCUCCCCACCUAGUCAUUCCAGCUCAUCUCUGGGACAAUCCCAUUCGUCCCCUCUACUCCCCUCUACAAAAUUCUCCGUCACAAAAUACACCGACUCUUUCACGAUGCCUGAUUGGAGCUCCCUCGAAGAACUCAACCGCGAUGGCGAUGUCUUCGUCAAGUUGGUUCACUCACUUAUGGGGGUCUAUGCGUAGAUGGGAAUGUUUCCUCUCUCUGGACUUCGACUUCGCGUUCAUAACGGGGCAAAAAACUUUUCGAUGGCCAAUGAUCUUCUACUUUGCCAACCGUUACCUCCUUCUUUGCGCAUUGGCCGGAAUUCUCGUUUCUUUUGAUUCGACAAGCCAGCUCAACUGUCAACCGUUAUACAUAUUCAAUCAGCUGGCGGGGAAUGCGUCAACUGGCCUUGCAAGCAUCAAUCUCUGUCUCCGCACGAUCGCUGUCUAUGGAAAUUACAAGCCAAUCACAAUCCUUCUGGUAAUCUUAAUACUGGGACACUGGUCUUUAAUCUUGAUGGGCGUCCAGCUUACGGUAACAUGGAGCGACGAGCAAAAUGCUUGUGUCAUCGUGGCUACCAACAACACCAUCCUUGCUGUCACAUUCAUUUAUUCCAUGUGCUUCGACCUCAUAGUAUUCCUCCUAAACGCCUACAAACUGUCCAACCGUCGCGGGAAGCACAACCUGGUUGGUGAGAGUCGGCUUGGGAAGAUGAUCUUUUCCGACGGCCUCAUAUAUUUCUUCGUCGCAUUCCUGGCAAACCUGAUUGCUACGGUGUUCAUGCUUCUAAAGCUGAAUUCCAUAAUGACAAUUAUUUUCAAUGUUCCCGCCGUUAUCGCCAGCACCAUUUGUGCAACUAGGGCAGUUAGGCGGCUCAACAAUUUCAAGAACGAAGGGGCUGAAGUUUUUAGUGGAUCAGGGACAGGCUCUGGAAUUAGGGUUACUCACGGACAACCUCGGCCAAUUGUUAGCACGCUGAGCCGGUCGGGCACUGCUGCAAGAGCCCCGGGAGGCGUUCACGUUCAGAUGGAGACCUUCACUCGUGCAGAGGACGCAGAUUUCCAGAGGCAGGAUGACAGGGACACAGAUUUUGAUGUUGAGGCGAAGGGGAGCCCCAUUUGAUAUCAGCAACCAACAAAAACAUAUCGCGUGAAAGUAGAGAUUUCCACUUUAUAUACAUUCAUUCCUUUACAUUCGUUUUGUUCGGGAGUUGAUGAGAACGCACGGCGAUAGGAUAGGCUAGAAAUGAAGACCUUGCAACCAUGGCCG